GGCACUUCCUGCCGAGGACUUUCACUUUCCCAGCGCGCUGCUCGCGCCCCCAGCAUCUCCACCUGGUCAUGGAUCGGAGCCGGGCCGACGGUUCCGGUCCGCUCCGGCUCGCUGGCGCGCUGCGACGCGGACUUGACGAGCGCGUCUGGAAGGGUUAGACCGGGAGCGGCCGCCGAGUCUUCCAGUUCAUGGCCUCCGCAGCGCGCGGCUCCGAUCAUGCACAAGCCCCACCGCAAGUGGACCCGCGACGUCUUCCUGUGUUUUGGCGUGAUUUACCUCAGACUCGGGGCCUUGUCUUCGGUGGUGGCUCUGGGCGCGAACAUCAUCUGCAACAAGAUUCCCGGGCUGGCACCUCGCCAGCGGGCCAUCUGCCAGAGCCGCCCGGACGCCAUCAUUGUUGUGGGCGAAGGCGCCCAGAUGGGCAUCAAUGAGUGUCAGUACCAGUUCCGAUAUGGACGGUGGAACUGCUCGGCGCUGGGAGAGCGGACAGUGUUCGGACAGGAGCUGCGAGUAGGCAGUCGGGAAGCGGCCUUCACCUACGCCAUCACGGCAGCAGGGGUGGCCCACGCCAUCACGGCGGCGUGCAGCCAAGGCAACCUGAGCCAGUGCGGCUGCGACCGGGAGAAGCAGGGCUACUACAACCAGGAGGAAGGCUGGAAGUGGGGCGGGUGCUCGGCCGACAUCAAGUACGGCAUCGAGUUCUCCCGCCGCUUUGUGGACGCUCGCGAGAUUAAAAAGACGCCGCGGCGGCUAAUGAACCUGCACAACAAUGAGGCGGGAAGAAAGGUCUUAGAAGAAAGGAUGAAGCUGGAGUGCAAGUGCCACGGCGUCUCGGGCUCCUGCACCACAAAGACCUGUUGGACUACUCUUCCCAAGUUCCGUGAAAUCGGCUACGUACUCAAGGACAAGUACAACGAGGCCGUGCACGUGGAGGUAGUUCGAGCCAGCCGGCUUCGGCAGCCCACCCACCUGAAGGUGAAGCAGACUCAGGGCUACCGCAAGCCCAUGGAGACAGACCUGGUCUAUAUUGAGAGGUCACCCAACUACUGCGAGGAGGACGCGGCCACGGGGAGCGUGGGCACGCAGGGACGCCUGUGCAACCGCACCUCGCUGCACACGGACGGUUGCGACCUCAUGUGCUGCGGCCGGGGCUACAACACGCACCAGUACACCAAAGUCUGGCAAUGCAAUUGUAAAUUCCAGUGGUGCUGCUUUGUCAAGUGCAACACAUGCAGCGAGAGGACGGAGGUGUUUACCUGCAAAUAGCGAUGCGCGGAACUACGCUGUCGGGAAGUGCCCAGGACUAGCUGGAGGAGGAGGAGCGCGAGGACCACCUGCGUGGACGGAGGAUUUCCGAGACGACAUUUACACUAUCAGCUCUUCAUGGCAUCGUUUUGCACAACAGAAUCUAUCUAAAAAGUAUCCGUAGAAGUGUCACGUAGAGACUGAGCUCAUGCUGACAGGGAACGAUGACGAAACUGUGCUGCUGCACUCUGGGAUUUCGGUUGCUGACGGGGGACACGGCGAGAAAAACGACAGGGUUCGCCGGGUACUCGAGCGGAAACCCGUUUCUCUGAAGGGAAGAACUCGAGUGGCUCUACAAAGACGGCGGGGGCCGAGGAAGAAACAAAAACUACGGUGUGUUGAGGUGCACCAAAAACUGAGCGGAGAACUCUGGUAAACCCUCUGCUGCCAACUGGAAUAUGGUGGAGUAUGUUAGUUUUCCAGUCACACUGGAACUGUCUGUUCUGAACACUGAAAAUAAAUUGUCUAUUUAUGUAAUAGUAUCUAAAAACCAAGCACUAACGGGUAGAGAUGUUUUUUUGUACUAAGUGAAAAGAAUUCUAGAAACGUUGACUGCAUACUUGUGUCUCUUAGACCCUCCCCCGUCUUCAGAGGCAUGACUUCUGCCGGUGAUCUGACGACGUUCCGCUGAGUUGAGUCUACUUGAGCGUAGCUUAGAUUGUUUGCCGUAAUCUUAGCGAAGUCACCACACACCUGCUUCGUCGGCGGUCGCCCUUUUCUCUCCUGUGGUUUAACAUGAAACUGACGUGUUAGAGUGCUGCACUGAUAUUUUCUAUUCAGUCAUACGAGCUAAAUAAACUCCCGUUUGUCAGUUCCUUUGGGGAAAAAGUGUCGUUUUAAAGUUGAAAAUUUCAAUGAUGGGACACGAGUCCAACUUGUCAUGAAAAUGAGGACCCAGUGCCACGAA